UGACAGCCAAACUGAGCGCCGCAGCAGAUGUGCGUGUUCUAGCCUUGCUAUUUCUACUUCCUUGACACGAGACCCACUAUCUCAGUCCAACCACUCGCAAGCACGAAUCGCUUUCGCGUACACGCGCGACAACUAUCACCACCAGCUCAAUAGCGGGGCAAACAUCCCACUCCACUGCGCCCUCACCGCACAACCACACAACAACAAUCAUGGGUGCCAAAGUACCGCGCAACUUUCGCCUGCUGGAGGAGCUUGAGAAGGGAGAGAAGGGUCUCGGCGCUGAGGCAUGCUCGUAUGGACUAGACAACGGCGACGAUCUGUUGAUGUCUGACUGGAAUGGCACGAUUCUCGGCCCGCCCCACAGCGUCCACGAGAACCGCAUUUACAGCGUUUCCCUUCAUUGCGGCCCAAACUACCCCGAUCAGCCGCCUGAGAUCAAGUUCACAUCCAAGAUAAACCUGCCCUGCGUCAAUGCGCAGAAUGGCCAGGUCGAUGCUUCCAAGCUACCGUGCCUGGCACAGUGGAGGAGGGAGUUCACAAUGGAGACCAUCCUGAUUGAGCUUCGCAGAUACAUGGCUCUGCCCCAGAACAAGAAGCUGCCCCAGCCUCCAGAGGGCUCCACCUUCUAAGGCAACGAAGCACACCGACGAACGACACGAAAGCGAACAUUGAUCCAAGCGCGGAUUGACCAACGUGCAUAUGUAUGGAGUUUUGGCCGCUCAUAUCGAAUUUGAGGGCUCGAAGGAUAUUAGGAAGUACAAAUGAAACUUGAAUACUAUCCAAAGUCUGCGAGCAGCUCAGCGUGGACGCAGUUGCUCGACGACACGUGACUAUGUGAUUUGUCGCGUUCUGAGAACAGCUCGGAACUUUCAAC